CCCCUCUCUCCUUUCACCAACCCAAGCAAGCAAGCAAGCAAGCAAAGGCAAUCGAUUGAUUGAAGCAAACUCAAUACAGCGUGCGUGCAAGAAAGCAUCGGCCACCGGAGCAGCUGCAGGAAUCAUCCCCGUCUCCAACCGAUCGAGUAUGGACAAGGUGCUGGCCUUCUCCAUCCUGAGCGCGUCGCCGGCCGACGUCGCCCCCGACGCCGGCUGGGCUCGGUUCUCCUGGCAGGGGAGGAAGCUGCGGGACGACGGCCAGGCCAGAGCAGGGCAAGAGGGGAAGCAGGGCGGUCCGCCGGCGGGGGCGGAGCAGCAGCCGGACAAGGGGAAAUCGCCGGCGUUGCGGCCGCGGUUUGCGCCGGAGUUCGACGGGAUCGACUGCUUCGAGACCAUCGUGUGCCACUGAUGAGCGAGCGAAUCACGAGCUGCUCGUGGUCUGGCCGCGCGCGUGUGUGAGACCAAUUCUUUCUUGGUCUGAUCACCGUAUGAUCGGCGUGUUCAUUUUGGUUGUUAACUCCUGCUUCUGACUGAAGCCGCGUCUUGCACAGAGUACAGAGAAAGAAAGAAACCCAUUUCGCCGUGAUUAUUUGGAUAA